AUGGACGACGCCGAGGCGAAGAAAAAGCGAAAAUCUCCUAACUCGGGUCCAGACUCUCCAAGGCCGUAUAUCUGUCCUAUAUGUUCGCGGGCUUUCCAUCGUCUGGAGCACCAGACAAGGCACGUUCGGACACACACAGGAGAAAAACCACACGUUUGCGACUUUGCAGGGUGUACCAAACGCUUCAGUCGAAGUGACGAACUCACACGACACAAACGCAUACAUACAAACCCGCAUCCCAAGGGUAAAAGAGGUCGUAAGAAGAAAACGGAUGUUGCACUUGGCAUUGACAACAACAACAACAAUAGUGCGGAAUCUGUAGCGACUAAAAGCGGCAGAGAUCGCAAGCCACGGGGUGCGACCACUUUUCAGCUGGGCGACGCAGAUGAAGACGACGUAUCAGACGUCAACAACGCAGCAAGCUCGUCCGAAGAGCAAAGUAUGGGUCUACUUGUCAACGCGGCGCUGGGCAGUCUGCCCACCACUGGCAACAACGCAUCUCAAAAUGGGUCUAGUGGGCUACACACGGUGCGCUCUCUCCCGUCGAUGAAAUCGUGGGAUCCUUCGCAGGCCAGAAAUUCUCCUCCGGGACAGACCCCUGGAGGAAGCCAUUCUUACUACUCGUCAGCCGUCAAUCUCCAGCAACAAGAUGGCCUGCCUACCAAGCCGGUGCCGACACGUCUCAAAUUGAAUGUACUUUCAUCCCUACAAAAGAUGACACCAUUGGCUCCGGUUGGGAGUCCCGAACGCACUCUGAACCUACCGAACCCCGCAAUCGUGAAACCUGGGUUUACAUCACAAGAAGGCUACACAACGGUUAUACCACGCGCAAGAAGCACACUAGGCUCAUUUCCCACGCAUGGUUCCUCAACUUCGCUCACUAGCAUUUCUAAUUUGAUAACAGCGGAUGACGGUGACGACGAAUUGGACGACGAUGAGCUGGGCCGGGCCCGGAAAAAAUCGAGAACCACCACUCCUACCAUGAGUCGCAGUCACAGCAGGACAAACUUAUUGUCGAGCGCAGGCUCUUUCACGAAUCUGUACCACUUACAGCAACCUCCGGGCAUCGCGGGUAUGCUUUCGUCCAAAUCUUCCACAACAGAUUUCAGCCGAGAGCUGGAUCAAAAACUACAAAACGUGCAAAAGACACAUUCGGGUCAAUUCAUGGAUCAUUACAUUUCCUCACCUUCGGCAGCCCUUUCGUCUGCAACGUCUGCCAAAUACACACCGUUAGGGACACCGCCCCGAAUACCGAGCCCCUCGGAUGCCAAGAUCCGUUCGGAUUUGAAGACUGCCGCUGAAAGUGCCAGUCGUUCUGGUGAAGAACCCGUGUCAGAUCUUCCUCCGAUCAGAAGUUUGCAUUUACAGUUUCCUACUGGGUAA